AAGCCCAUCUUCCGUGUGACAUCAGCUCUUGUUUACUGUGGCAGGGAUAGCCAGACAAUACCAAGGAGGAUAUGUGCCGAGGCAGCGUCCUGUAACAAGUCGGUCAAUAUUCAUUUAUCAGGUAGAUUGCUUAAUUUCCCGGCUUGGUUAAUUGUUAAUCCGGCGUUUCAAAGCCAUGUCAACAAACGGUUCCCGGCCCGGAGGAGACUGCACGGAUGCGAGGCGGGGCGAUGAACAGACAGAGGGGUCUGUGUGUACCCCUGCUCCUAUGGAAGUGGAUGCCAAGCCCAAUUCAACUAGCUUCAGAUACAGCCUGAAUUACCCCAGCAUUGGCCAGUGUAUCGUCAUCAACAACAAGAACUUUGACCGGAGAACAGGCAUGAAUCAGCGGAAUGGUACGGACGUAGAUGCAGGCAAUGUGAUGAAGGUCUUUGGGCAGUUGGGUUAUAAAGUGAAAGUUUACAAUGACCAAACAGUUGAGCAGAUGAGACAAGUUUUGACUGCUGUUUCAAAGGAGGAUCACAGUUGUUCAGCCUCGUUUGUAUGUGUCCUGUUGAGUCAUGGGGAUGAAGGCGUGUUCUUUGGUACGGACGCCUCAAUAGAACUCAAGAGCCUCACCUCUCUGUUCCGGGGUGAUCGCUGUAAAUCAUUGGUGGGCAAGCCCAAGCUCUUCUUCAUCCAGGCUUGCAGAGGCACGGAGCUAGACGGGGGCAUUGAAGCAGACAGCGGAGCAGAUGGCAGUACAACUAAACUCCCUGUGGAAGCUGACUUCCUCUAUGCCUACUCCACAGCCCCAGGCUACUACUCGUGGAGGAACACCAUGUCCGGGUCCUGGUUCAUCCAGUCGCUGUGUGAUAUGAUCAGCAAGUAUGGAAAAGAGCUGGAGCUCCUUCACAUCAUGACGAGGGUGAACCACAAGGUGGCAGUAGAGUUUGAGUCUGCCUCUGCUGCACCAGGCUUUGACGCUAAGAAACAAAUCCCAUGCAUUGUGACAAUGCUGACCAAAGAGAUGUAUUUUACCCCUUGAUGUUGUUUCCUCAUCAGAGGACAGGAAUUUUUCAGACCUUGAUCUGCUGAAGGAAAGCUUGAGGAUGGGUUUGUGGUGGUGCUUGUGAAAUAUUUUAGUUUACAUUUCUCCUUUGGAAACCUCAGCUUACGCUGCUCUGGUUUAAAAGAUGUGAUGUACAAUCGCUGUCACAUUAGCCCGCAGAUGCCUCUUCAUUGUUUUACACAAUACACAAUUCAGGGAAAUAUAUUGGGAAACAGUUUGAUGAGUGUUAUCACAUGCAUUUGAUUGAUCAUAAAACAAAAGAUGGACUAAUUGUCUUAAAGCACCAGGCAUAUAUUUUAACUCCUGCAACUAGUUAAGAAAUGCUUUUGUCUUUCAUAAGGGAUCAUGUUGUGAUAUGUGUAUGUAGUGGGUGCCUAUUUAAUUCUAUUUUUCUUUUUUUCUUUUCUUUUUUUUUUAAUUCUUGUCAUUUGUUUUUACUCUACUGUAUCAAUACAGCCAUGUACCAUUGAGUGAGACAACAAAAAUACUAAUCAUGAGCAUCCUCUUGAAAACAAAGAGGCCAAAGUUUUUUGAGUUUAAUGCACAGUUAACUUGUUACAAGGCUCCACAAAUGAAUUAUGUGAAGCCUGACAUGUUUGGCGUGAAUGCAUGCAUUUAAAAAAUUGCAACAUUCACACUCUGGGUGAAAUUAAAUGAUAAUGUGUAGCAAAUUCCGUUUUAACCAGUGAGCAAGCUUAUCAUGUAUGUAUGUAUGAAAUUGACUCAUGCGUAACGAUUCAGUUUUUUUUUUUUUUUUUUUUGUUUUUUGUUUUUUGGGGUUUUUUUUGACAUCUUUGAGGGACUAGAUCAAGUUAAAAUACAGAUAUGUUUGCAUUGUCUAAUACAAGAUGUGGUUGACCAGCAGAUGUGCUAAGCUCCAGUCCUUCAGACUUGGGCCUGGCUACUCACUCUGUGCCUCACUGGUGCCUCUGAUUGGACGUCCUGAAGUCAGUGGGGGCACAGGCUUCAUCUGUUAUGGGCAUUUCAAGUGUGUCAUGCAGAAAUAUCUAUUUUACCUUGGAGCAUGCAUGUGCAAAAAAAAAAAAAUGCACAAAAAUAAUCAGUUACUCAUACUUGAAUAGAAAUGUCACAUUUUGUAUUUUGUAUAUUUCCUGUUUCAAAAUGCUAUUUAAUGAUACAACGACACAUUGGAUAACUUUUCCUCGUUGCUUUAGCUGUACGUGUACGUUUUUAAUUCCUGACUGUGACUGUGUGAGUUGAGCUUAUAUGUGUUCUGUUAAUUAUCAACAGCAAAACUAUGUGAUGCAUUGGAGACAAAUCAUGAUACGAUUGUGUACUGACCUGGUUCAAUUCUGCUGUUGAGUAACUGAUUGCAGUUACUCACACAAACGUGCAGCAAAACAUGCUGAAAUCAAUUAUGCUGUCCUAAAUAUUUUACUGUUUGACUAUUCAGGUUCUAAGAGAUAAAGGUCUACCACAGUUUGCUGUGACCCUGUCAAAAAAUUUGGGAUUUAUUGUAAUGUCACUAUUUUCUAAGCAGCUAUGCUCUCUAGAGUUGGUGAAAUGUUUUUCCCCAAGGUCAGUGAAAAUAAAUUGAAACCACUUUUCAUUA